GGCGCUCAACGGGACAUCAGCGAGUCCCAACGCAAGCUCGGUUUGAGCGUUCGCAAGUCUGCCUGAAACGUGUCUCUUUAGAGCGUCAUGGUUUCCCCUCAAGCCGUCGCAAUCAUCGCCAUUAUCGGCGGCCUGGCUGUUCGGUGGUCCUCGAUACCGCGAGUCGAUGACAGCCUGGUCUCAGAGGUGAUUGGCGUGAAAAACGACGACGACUCACAGCUGCCACCCGUCUUCGGGCACCGCGGCUGUGCCCUCGACGCCCCCGAGAACACAUUGGCCGCCUUCCAGGAGGCCAAGAAGAACAACGCUGACGGAAUCGAGUUCGACCUGACCUUCACGCGGGACAACGUCCCCGUCAUCUUCCACGACGAAACCCUUGAGCGGACCACCAAUGGUGAGGGCCCUAUAGAGAACAUCACCUUCGAGGAGCUGCGUCGUCUGGACGCUUCGUGCAAGCACCCGCUCGCCGAACGUUUUCCGAAAGAGCGCGUCCCCACGCUAGAAGAAGGCGUCGAGGAGUGCCUCCGUCUCGGCAUGCGGCUCAUCAUCGACGUCAAGAACCCCGACUCCCGCGCCGUCGAGGUGAUCGACAAGCUGUUUCGCGAAAGGCCCGAACUGUAUAGGCGGGCGCUGGUCGCCUCCUUCUAUCACGACUACGUGUACUGGCUACGACUCCGAAAUCCGGGUAUUGUGACGGCGCUGAUUUGGUGCCCGGGAUUCCUGGCCUACGAGGACAUGAACAUGACGCGACCACGCAGCCAGUCAUCUGCAGCCCACUUGUUCAACAGAAUAGCCGACUGGAUCCUCGACAAGGCACUCCAUACUGGCCUCCUGCCUUACGUGACCGGCGCCUCGGCUGUACUGAUUAGUAGUAACGUGGUGAGCGCUGAAUACGUAAAGGCUUGGCAUGACCGGGGUAUGCAUGUGAUCGCCUGGACGCCCAACCAUCCGGCAGAAAAGGACUUCCUCCGCCAAUCACUGAGGGUCAGCAUCAUUACUGAUACCAUGCACCCAGUCUGA